AUGAGCAUCAUCCCCAGAAAUGUGGAGAAAGUUCAUCAGCUUGUGGAUGAGGAUCGUCAGAGAACAAUCAACGACAUUGCUGAUGUUGAUGGUCUGUUCUGGCCAUAUCCAGCCAAUAUCCAACCAAUAUCCAGCCAAUAUCCAGCCAAUAUCCAACCAAUAUCCAGCCAAUAUCCAGCCAAUAUCCAACCAAUAUCCAGCCAAUAUCCAGCCAAUAUCCAACCAAUAUCCAGCCAAUAUCCAACCAAUAUCCAGCCAAUAUCCAGCCAAUAUCCAACCAAUAUCCAGCCAAUAUCCAGCCAAUAUCCAACCAAUAUCCAGCCAAUAUCCAGCCAAUAUCCAACCAAUAUCCAGCCAAUAUCCAGCCAAUAUCCAGCCAGUAUCCAGCCAAUAUCCAACCAAUAUCCAGCCAAUAUCCAACCAAUAUCCAACCAAUAUCCAGCCAAUAUCCAACCAAUAUCCAGCCAAUAUCCAACCAAUAUCCAGCCAGUAUCCAGCCAAUAUCCAGCCAAUAUCCAGCCAGUAUCCAGCCAAUAUCCAACCAAUAUCCAGCCAAUAUCCAACCAAUAUCCAGCCAAUAUCCAGCCAAUAUCCAGCCAAUAUCCAGCCAGUAUCCAACCAAUAUCCAAUCAAAAUAUUCUACCUGUUUUAGGUUAA